CUUCCUCACGGGGGUCUGAUCCAGGGACAGGAGGAACCAGAUGUUUUAUGGCGGCUCUCUCCUGCCCUCGCUGAUCCCCCGGUGGAAUCCCUGCCUUCGCCGAGCCGUGACCCCGCCGCGCCCCCGUCGGCUCUCCAGGAUGUGAGCGCGGCCGGUCGUCUCUCCGAGGGCGCCCGCUGUAACCCGGCAUGGACGGACUUGACGGCGUGAGGAAGGACGUGAGGGACGCCGAGCUGGGCGACCGCGCCUGAUCCUCGUUCCUCGGGUUCCUCUUUAUCAUGAGAGCCUGGCUGAGCUCUCUGCUUUUGGGCCUCUUUGCGCUCCACGGGAGCUUCGGGAGCCCCGAUCGGACCAGGACGCGGGGCGGCCCCGUUUCUCACGCGCGGGCUCGGGAUCGGACCGGGGUCCCGGACGGAUCUGUACCGGACGCGCAGGCUCGGAAUGGGACCGGACUUCAGAGUGAGGGGGGGAAGGACAACCAACAGAGGCCCAAGCGGGGCUGGGUGUGGAAUCAGUUCUUCGUUUUGGAGGAGCACAUCGGACCCGAACCGCAGUACGUCGGAAAGUUGCACUCAAAUUCGGAUAAGGGCGACGGCUCGGUGCUCUACCUCCUCUCCGGGGAGGGCGCCGACACCAUAUUCACCAUCAACGAGGCCACGGGCGACAUCCACGCCACCAAGAGCCUGGACCGCGAGAAGAAGAGCCACUACGUGCUCCACGCCCGCGCCGUCAACCGGAUCACGCACCACACCGUGGAGCCCGAGUCCGAGUUCAUCAUCAAGGUUCAGGACGUGAACGACAACGCGCCCACCUUCCCCAACGGCCCCUUCACUGCCACCGUGCCCGAGAUGGCCGACAUCGGAACUUCGGUAAUCCAGAUCACUGCCACAGACGCCGACGAUCCCACGUACGGAAACAGCGCGAGGAUCGUCUACAGCAUCCUGCAGGGCCAAGGGUACUUCAGUAUCGACCCCAAAACUGGUGUGGUCCGGACGGCGCUGACCAGCAUGGACCGAGAAACCAGAGAGAUGUACACCGUCAUCAUCCAAGCCAAAGACAUGGCCGGCUCUGUGGGGGGUCUGUCGGGUUCCACCACCGUCAACGUCACCCUCACCGACGUCAACGACAAUCCGCCCAGGUUUCCUCAAAAGAACUACCAGCUGUACGUGCCCGAGUCGGCUCAGGUUGGAAAAGCCGUGGGGAAAAUCAAAGCCGACGACGACGACCUGGGAAUCAACGCCGAGAUGGACUACAGGAUCGUCAACGAGGACGGAGCCGCCGUGUUCUCCAUCUCCACCGACGCCGAUAAGAGGGAGGGGGUCAUCGCCCUCAAAAAGCCCUUGGAUUACGAGAAGAAGAAGGCGUACACCUUGAGCAUCGAAGGCGCGAACACCCACCUGGACCCUCGUUUCUCCCACCUGGGACCGUUUAAGGACACCACCACUCUGAAGAUCAUCGUGGGGGACGUGGACGAACCUCCCGUCUUCCCCAUGGAUUAUUACAUCAUGGACGUGUACGAGAACGCCCCGCCCGGCACCGACGUGGGACUGGUGACCGCUCAGGACCCGGACAACGCCCGGGGCAAAAUCAGGUACUCCAUCGAAGACAGCGAGGAUGGAGAAGCUCUGUUCAGCAUCGACGAAAACACCGGGCUCAUCAAAACCACGGCCGGUUUGGAUCGGGAGGACGUCGCCUGGCACAACAUCACUGUUAAAGCUGCAGAGGUUGACAAUCCCAAGCUGCUGAGCUCCGUCCCCGUCACCGUUCAGGUCCUGGACGUCAACGACAACCGGCCGUACGUCAAAACCGGCGCCGAUAUCAUCGUGUGUGAGAGCGCCAAACCCGGCCAGGUGAUCCACACCAUCAGGGCUACAGACAGAGACAACUUCGCUAACGGGCGCUUCUCCUUCGCCCUACCAGAGGACCUUCCAGCCAACCCCAAUUUUACCCUCAAGGACAAUGAAGACAGCAGCUCCAGUAUCGUGGCCCGACGGCGGGGAUUCAGUCGGACCGAGCAGGAGUUCCAUCAUCUGGCCGUUGUGGUUCGGGACGGAGGGGAGCCGCCACUCAGCAGCACUGCCACCCUGACCAUGAGCGUCUGCCCCUGCCAGAGGGGUCUGCGUGUGCCCAACUGCCAAUCACCGGCCUUCUUCUCCUCGGCCGGCCUCAGCACGGGGGCGCUCAUCGCCAUUCUUCUCUGCGUCCUCAUCCUGCUGGCCAUCGUGGUUCUGUUCGUGACGCUGAGGAGUAAGAGGAGUAAGAAGGAGGCGCUGAUCGUGUCGACGGAGGACGUGCGGGAGAACGUGGUGACGUACGACGACGAGGGCGGCGGCGAGGAGGACACCGAGGCCUUCGACAUGGCGGCGCUGAGGAACCCCGAGGCCGCCGCCGAGGCCGGGAGGAAGAGGAGGAGGAGGAAGGAGGCGGCGGCGGCGGGCGGGGAGGCCCUCGGUCCGGCCCCGCCCCUCCCCGCUCAGGACAUCCACGACACCAUCCAGCUGAAGGUGGUGGAGGCGGACGGGGACACCAGCGGCCCGCCGUACGACUCCCUGCAGACGUACGCGUACGAGGGGCGCGGCUCGCCCACCGGCUCCAUCAGCUCUCUGGGACUCCCCGACCCGGGGUUCGAACCCAAGACCGUGGAGACGGACGACUCGUGGCCGGACGCGCACUCGCUCGCGACGCUGUAUCAGGAGAGGGGCGGUCAGUGCGCCCUCUAGCGGUCGGGUUCGGAUGAUCCUGCGCGGCGAGUCUGAUCGUGUUCAGUCCAGGUUUUGCUGUGGGAUUCAUUUUAUUCCUGAAUUUUUGGAUUUAUUUUAUUUUUUUUGGAAGAAAAACCAGAAAACUGAGAAAAAAAACAAGAACUGACAGAAGGAAAUUAUUUUCCCUGGUGUAUAUUUUAUAUCGCUUAAUAAAGUUCAUGAUUCCAGAUAAA